UUGGCAAAAAAGAGUAGAAAUGGAACUAAUUUUUUACACCACUUACUGUUUUCAUACAAAAGAUAGUUGGAAUAUGCAAGACGUUUUACAUAGACAGUGGCGCCCCUAUUAUUUUCUACUUUUUUUGCCCGACUGUAAUAUAGACGGUCAAGCAAAUAUUAUGAGAGCAAAAUUCAAAUUUUCUAUGGGACGAUAUUAAUGUAUGGGCACAUUAUUCAAAUUUGCCGCCAUUUUUUACUCUCAUGAUUUGCUUGACCGUCUGUAGUUACAUUAUCUAGGUUAUUAACAUGACAAGUAAGUGCCUUACUUGUUAUGGCUGAUGUAUUUAUUGGGUAAAAUAAAAAUCUGGUACUGGCAACAUUUUCAAGUUGUCAUCCAACAAACCAAAUGCUAACGGCCGAAUGUGAUGCUCGUGUGUUCUUUUUCUUUUCGCUCCUUUUUUGCGUCGUUGUCAUUGCAGUGAAAGUGUUUCAUUUGAAAAUUAACUUAGUGAUCGCGAUCGCAAGUAUACCUACUAAAAUAAUGGAAGAGGAUACAGAAAACAUAUUGGUAUCCUGGGAUGUGCCGUCAGAAGUCGUCGAGAACUUCAAAACAACAUCAAACCAGAAGAGUUCAAUUUGCUAGCUGCAAAAAUUGUUUCUCUUUUCCCAACUGAAAGUAUAUAUAUCUACUAUAUGAAAGCUGUGCCAACAUGCAAAUCUGCUUCAAGAAAAUAUGUGCCCGCUAAAGGCAAAUUAGUGGACAAGGUUCGAAAUCUCCUGUACAUAUCAGGAGCAAAGCGCAGGAGCAUUAAAUCCACUUGCUCUAAUAAGGAUUCGGAUACAGAUGUAGAGUCUGUGGAAAAUAAUCAAGAGACUGCCUCAAAUGACGACGCUAUUUGGCUGAAACAUAACAAUGAGCCAUGGGACCAAGUUUGUGAAAGGUGGAAUAACACCUUUGAAUUAAGACACAAACAAAAAUUUGAAACUGUACAUGAUUUUCUCGAAACCUGGGCCAUUUUAAAAGACGGCAAAGCAGAUACUCUGAUACUUUUGGAUUUUGAGAAACAGUUUAAAGAGAAGUCGCUUAACUUCUUUAAAAACUGGGAACUAUUUUUCUCGAAACUUUUGAAGCUUAGAGAAAGUGUCGUGACAAAUGAUAAUGCAAAAGCAUUAAUUGAAGGAUUAGGGAAUAUCAUUGACGAUGACAAAAAAAUUCCGGUGCAGAUUUACCUGCUAGGUUUUUUAAUACCACCCAAAGGCCGAAAAUCUAGGAAAGUCAAGUUCUCAACCACUGAAUCAAUCCAGGGCUUAUUAGUUCAGAUAGAUGACGCCGGAGAUAUCGACAGCGUAAUCGCAGCCCAGAAAGCUAAGGCUGCAGCCCGGAAGGAUACCGUUCAACCCUUCGUGCUCAUACAAGGACCGCUACAAAACUUCGCCCAGAUAUACAUCGUUAUUGAUGAUAUCAAAUACCACGUGCAUUCAGCUGCAAAGGCGUUCGACUUAUUGUUUAAGAUUUAUCACGUUUUCCACGCCAAGUAUCCCCAAGUGUGUGAGCACCUCCACAUAAUUAUUCAAAAAAAAGUGUAUCAAAUCCAUACAGCGUAUGAUACAGUACCACCGUAUAUAGUUGACGUUUUAAACUUAGAUGUGUAAAAUUUGGUCUUCGUUUUUUAUAAAAGUUCUUGAAAUGUAAAAAUAUACUAAGGUAUAGAAAUUUCUUUGGUCUUAUGUACCCACUUAAAAAGUAUUUCAUUGUGUAAGGUAUUUGCACCAUCUACAAUUGACGUGAUUUGUUCUAAGUUUGUCUUGUAGAGAAUACUCUGUGGCGUCAACUACGCCUAUCAUU